AUGUUAAUCGAUUCUGCAGCUGGGAAUGAAAUACUCAGUUUCAUGGACAGUUAUUCUGGAUAUAACCAAAUUUUCAUUGCUGAAGAGGAUGUAGCUAAAAAUGUCUUUCGUUGUCCUGGGGCAUUAGGUACAUAUGAAUGGGUAGUUAUGCCUUUUGGUUUGAAAAAUGUUGGGGCAACAUAUCAAUGGGCAAUGAAUGCUAUUUUCCAUGAAUUUAUUGGAAAAUUUAUGGAAGUGUAUAUCGAUGAUGUUAUGGUUAAAUCGAUUUCGGUGAGUCGGCACAUUGAUCAUUUAAGGAGAGCAUUCCUUACUAUGAGGAAGAAAGGCUUAAAGAUGAAUCCUUUGAAAUGUUCUUUUGGUGUAUCGGCUGGAAAUUUUUUGGGUUUUGCUGUUCAUAAAAAAGGAAUUGCCAUCGACAAAAAUAAAGCAGAUGCGAUAUUGGCAUUGUCUGCACCUAAAUCGAAGAAAGAAGUACAAUCCUUCUUGGAACAUCAGUUGGCGUUUGACUCGAUUAAGACUUACUUGUCUAAAGCCCCGAUUAUGGCGAAUCUUCGACCAUCUGAACCCUUAAAAUUAUAUAUUGCAGCAUCUGAAAAUACUAUAGGGCAUAUGUUAGCCCAAGAUGAUGAAAACGGGCAUGAGCGGGCAGUUUAUUACCUUAGUCAAGUUUUAACUGAUAUCGAGACGAGCUUCCCGAUGUUGCGCGGACGAUUGGAAAAAUGGAUGCUAGCAUUAACAGAGUUCGAUCUACAAUAUGUCCCAGCCAAGGCUGUAAAAGGACAGGUCAUUGCAGACUUUCUUGUAGAUAAUUCGAAAGAUCUAAAUGACCAGGGGGCAAAUGUAAUCGAAGUGAAAGUCGAUUAUUGGAAGUUGUAUUUUGAUGAGUCAAAACAUAAAGAUGGCGCAGGAGUUGGAAUUUUAAUUGUUUCACCAGAAGGAAUUCCAUCAAAAUUUUUAUUCGAAAUAAAAUAUCCUUAUUCGAAUAAUGAGGCAGAGUACGAAGCUUUGAUUUUGGGCCUCAAAAUCUUAAUUAAUAAGGGAGUUUCGGAAGUUCAGAUAUUAGGGGAUUCCCAGUUGGUUUUGAAGCAGUUAUCGAAAGAAUUUAAAUGUAAUAAUGAGAGAUUACAAAAGUAUUUGACAACUGCUUGGGAGUUGUUAACUUCUUUUCAAAAAAUUUCUUUGGUUCAUAAUCCAAGGAUUCAAAAUGAAAUGGCUAAUGAAUUAGCCCAAAUUGCUUUGAAGUACAAAAUCGGCCCAGGAACCCUUGAGACAUUGGCAGGUAUUCAUCAGAUUUUAGUACCUGCAGGUGAAAGAGAAGUUUUGUGUGUUGAUGAGUGGGAGGAUAUUGAUUGGAGGAAGCCUAUUGCUCAGUACUUGAAAGAUCCCAGUAUCCCAGUUGAUAGAAAGAUGAAAUUGCGAGCAACGAAUUUUGUUUAA